GAAGCAUUUCCGUUUCCGCUUCCGGAUCACAGUCUGCUGUUGCUGCUGUGUGUCCAUACUAGUCCAGUAACUCAUUUCACAUUCCGAUGGCAAACAGAACCGUUAAAGAUGCUAACAGUAUACACGGGACUAACCCGCAGUAUCUGGUGGAGAAAAUCACCCGGACUCGAAUCUACGAGUCUAAAUACUGGAAGGAGGAGUGCUUCGGUCUGACCGCUGAGCUAGUUGUUGACAAAGCCAUGGAGUUGAAGUAUGUUGGUGGAGUUUAUGGUGGGAACAUCAAGCCCACUCCCUUCCUCUGUCUCACUCUGAAGAUGCUGCAGAUUCAACCUGAAAAAGACAUCAUCGUUGAGUUCAUAAAAAAUGAGGAUUUCAAAUAUGUUCGUUUACUUGGAGCGAUGUACAUGAGGUUAACUGGCACUGCAGUGGAUUGCUACAAAUACCUGGAGCCGCUGUACAACGAUUACAGAAAAAUAAAGAGUCAGAACAGAAAUGGAGAGUUUGAGUUGAUGCAUGUGGACGAGUUCAUCGACGAGCUUCUUCAUUCAGAGAGGAUGUGUGACAUCAUUCUGCCCCGCCUGCAGAAGAGACAUGUCCUUGAGGAGGCUGAGAUGUUAGACCCACGUAUCAGCGCUCUGGAGGAAGACCUGGAUGAGGUGGAGAGCAGUGAAGAAGAAGACGAGGAAGAAGAGAAGCCGGAGAGACUCCAGACCCCCGAACCCCACAGACGCAGUUACCGUGACAACGACAGACCUCGUCGAUCUCCGUCACCUCGUUACAGACGCAGCCGCUCACCCAGACGGAGGAGCAGAUCUCCGAAGAGGCGGAGCCCAUCGCCCCGGAGAGACCGCCAUCGCAGCAAGAGCCCCCGGCGCCAUCGCAGCCGGUCCAGAGACAGACGCCACCGCUCCAAAUCCCCGGGUCACCACAGAAGCCACAGACACCGCAGCCACUCAAAGUCCCCGGAGAGGAGUUCAAAAAAGAGUCACAAGAAGAGUCGAAGAGGAAACGAGUGAUUUUACUUUUACAUCUUUAACUCUCUUUUUUUGUUUUGUUUUGUUUUUUUUACCUCCAAACUUGCCUCUAAAUCUCGUAUGAAAUUUGAGUUUUUUAAAUUUUAUUUUGCAAGUACUUUAAAUUUUAGAUGUUGGACAAGUGACCUGCCUGUAAUAUUACAAUUUAUACAGUUUAUAAAUGUGUUUCUGUAUGUUAAGAAUGAGUUUCACACUCUGACCUGACAUUUGUCGUAGAAAUAAAGACCCUGAUUCAUCA